GUAUAUAUAGUCGUCGGUACACGUCGAAAAAUGAGAGCUUCUAGUUGUCAACUACAAUUGAUUUUUUGUACGUCCACUCACAAGGUGCAGAAAAAAAUUUGCCAGAAAUUUCGCAAACAUGUUUCGCUUUUUCGUGGUGGCCGCGGCACUCUUCGUGCUGAUCGAUGGACAAAUCCAGAGGAUUACAUUGCACAAGACAGAUUCUGUUCGAAAAACUUUGAAGAAAGUUGGUAUCGACGUGCAAAAAGUUUUGGCCGAAAAUCAUACUUCAUCGGAAGGUUUGAGCAAUUAUCUAGACGCGCAGUACUAUGGUAAUAUCAGUAUCGGAACUCCGCCGCAGAACUUUUCAAUAUUAUUUGAUACUGGUUCCUCAAAUCUUUGGGUACCAUCAGCAAGCUGCAGCAUUCUCAAUUUGCCUUGCUGUAAGUACCUUAAUAUAUACAGAAUAAUAAUCAAUUUGAGCUCAUAAGUACAUAGCAAUAUU